GUCUCAAUUUCAACCUUUUUGCGAUUCAUAUCCGAAUUGUCUCUUCCCUAAAUCCAUGGCUAAUUUCAGGGUUUCAUUUGAAUGCUUUUCGAUUUUAUGAGUUCUGGGUUUUGUUUUCUAUAUCUUCUAAGCAUCACAUCUGCUCAAAAGUCUGUAAAUUUCCAGUAAAGUUCUCAACUUUUUUUUCAAAGUUUUGAUCUUUCUGCAGAUACAAGAUAUAUGGAUCUUAAUUUAGGUGAGAAUGAGAUUCUAAAGGCUCGGAUCAAACAACUUGAACUUGAUGCAAAAGAUGGUUCCUUUUAGUUAUCUACUUUGUGUUUUCUUCUUAUAGCGAUGGAUGUAAUGGUUCACUCUUCAAGCUUUCUCCUUCCUUACAAUCCAGCCGAGGAAACGAGAUACGCUCUCGUUGUUCUUAACCAGAAUCUGCCACGAUUCACUCCUCUUCUCUGGGAACAUGCAACACUUCGUCUCUGUGCUGAUGGUGGCGCUAAUCGCAUCUACGACGAGUUACCUCUCUUCUUCCCUCAUGAAGACGCUUCCUCCAUCCGAAACAGGUAUAAGCCUGAUGUGAUCAAGGGAGAUAUGGAUUCUAUUCGCCGUGAUGUCCUCGACUUUUAUGUGAGCUUGGGUACCCAGGUCAUAGAUGAAUCUCAUGAUCAGGAUACCACAGAUCUUGAUAAGUGCAUUUUGUAUAUCCGUGACUCUGCUUCCAAUCUAGAGAGUUCUAGAUUCCAGAUUCUUGCCACUGGAGCACUCGGGGGAAGAUUUGAUCAUGAAGCUGGUAAUCUCAACGUCUUGUAUCGAUAUCCAGACACAAGGAUAGUCCUUUUAUCUGAUGACUGCCUCAUCCAACUCCUUCCAAAGAACCAUCUACAUGAAUUACACAUUCAGUCUUCACUUGAAGGUCCUCACUGUGGACUCAUCCCUAUUGGAACUCCUUCUGCCAAAACCACAACCUCAGGGCUUAAAUGGGAUCUCAGCAACACUGAGAUGAGAUUUGGUGGGUUGAUAAGCACAUCAAACUUGGUUAAAGAAGAGAAGAUCACAGUCGAAUCGGAUUCAGAUCUUCUCUGGACUAUAUCUAUCAAGAAAACAGGACUUCCGCUAGAAAACAAUACACCGUAGGCGCUGUUAAAAAAAUAAGACACUUAGACCAACAUCUAAGAUACCCCAAUAUUGUUGCUCUUAGUAUAGAGCUACUAUGAUAUAUUCCAGAUGAAUGGAAUAACCUCAACAUUGUUUUGUUGCACGAAGUAAUUACUUGGUUGUACCAGUACUGUCGUUUUUGGAACACGAGUUGCUUUUUUAUGAUAUUAUUUCUUUGGUUUUGUCAUAACAACAAAAUAAAAGUGAUUGGA